AUGUGUUGGGUCACCGAACAGACAGUCGUCAAGCCCAGCCAGCCACCUAUCGACGAGGUUAUCGAGCUGUCUAUCUUGGACCAACACGCUUUGCGGAUGUACUCCAAGUUCGUCAUCGUCUUCAAAACGGAAAACGGAAACGAGGUGUCUGAGGAUAUUCAACAUCUCAAAAACGGCCUAGGCAGAGCAUUGAGUGAGCAUCCUGAAUUCGCUGCCAAUGUCAUACAGAUGGCCGGCAGCACGAGAAAAGAACUGGAGCUCCAAAUUGGGCCCGAAUCUGGCGUACCAUUCAGGAUUGUCGACCAUUCAUCUCGCAUUGAUGAUUCGGAUCACUGUCACGAGCUCUUGCGAGGUCACAACUUUGAGAAACUUGAGAGAACCAACUUUCCCUUGACAAAGAUCCCUGAAGAAGUUUUCUUUGUUGACAAUGCCACCCCCGAAGGCGCUUAUCCAACAGGGAUACCCACGCUCAAUGUUCAAGUGAAUAUCAUUGACGGUGGUCUUCUUGUUGGUAUUUCCUGGCACCAUACGGUGACUGACGCAGGAGGAGUCAACACGUUUGUCAAGGCUUGGGCCAAGGCAACCAAUAUGUCAUGCACCCAUGGAGAUGUCGAGGCUGAAGAGAUUUCAACUGAGAUGUCAGAACGAUGGAGACUGAGCUAUGGAAUUCAGGGUGCUUCGAUUGCAGACUUCCCUGAAUAUGUUGCCGAUGCUUCUGCGCGUUCGCCAAACACUGGCCAUCCCCAUCUCCUCGACCGCAAGUUCUCAGUUCCAUCUGAUUCCCAAAUCAGCAUGUGGGAAUUCAGUGCAGAGUCUCUGCAGGCGCUUGUCAAUUUACUCAAUGGUCCUGGCCAAGGAAACGAACAACGCUAUACGCCAGUUGAAGCGCUCUCGGCCCUUCUGUGGAAACACCUCAGCCUCGCCCGACAGCUCAACAUUUCAUUUCCAGAGGAUUCUUCUCUGUUCACCACUCGCAUUGACUUCCGCCGUCGUCUUUCUCCGCCUCUGCCCCUCUCAUAUAUCGGAAACGUCAACCAGCCUGUGCCACGAACUCGCGUCUCUAUUCGAGAGCUUUGCACAGCAUCAACCGCACAGUCGCUUGCGGACUUGGCUCAGCGCAUUAGAGGCGCAGUUGCUGAGAACGACGACAAAAUUGUCCGACAGCUCAUAGGGUAUGUCGACACUUUACCGGCUGUGACCGACCUCGCCCUGGAGUUUGACACCUGUCCAGGUCCGGAUAUUGCAAUCACUGAUCUUUCCGGUUUGGACGUCAUGCACCAAAUUUGGGGGAAGUGUCUCGGUCGCGCUGUUUGCAUUCGAGGGUUUGUGCGAUACAGAGGUUUUGCAUCCCUUCUUCCGCAGGACCCCGAAGGUGGAACUCAAGUGCAUGUUCAGUGUGAGGCGGCAGCUCUGGAGAGAUUGAAGUCGGAUCCGAUUUUCACUCGAUAUGGCCAGUUUCUUUAUUAG